CAUGAACACCAGUCUCAUUUCGAUCUUGUCGUCCGAGCACGGAAGGCUCCGCCGUGAUCAACGCGAUAUUCGGAAACGCGACCUACAAAAAGCAGUGAAAUACGGCACCAAAGAGAAAGCAAAAUAUAUGAACCGAUGGAAAUACGUGUACGAUGGAAUCGUCUUCAUCACCGAUCAGAGCAGUUCCAGGGAAGUCACCUGUUAUCCUUCUCCACUGAGCAAAGCACCCGUAGACGACAACGAAUACACUGAACACUUGAAAGCCAAGAAAAUUAUUUCCAGGAAGCCGGACCUGUGCACUUCUCACACAGUACUUGUUGUGGACAACAGCGGCUCGAUGAUGGUUCACGAUAUCCCCCUGCAUCGAGAUCGACAGACUGCUGCUUUUUCUACCAUGGCUUUAGAAUAUAUUGCGGAACAGUUGUUCAACGGAACUGCGAACAACAAAGACGUCGUGUCGCUUGUUGAAUUCAGCAACGAGGCAAAGAUCGUCUUUGAAAGAGAACCAACCAGCUGGGUAUUGUACAACAAACUCCUUUCGCGUCGGGAUACUUCUGGUUACAAUAGCAGACAGUCCGCUUUACUUCGUGACAUAAUUCAUUCGGACAGUAACUACCUUCCUGCGUUAGAUGAGGCAGAGAAGCUGUUGGGUCUAGACAACCACGAAGAUUGUGCCCUAUCGAUGUUCUUUAUAUCCGAUGGCCAACCCACCGAUGCUUUGCGACCAGGCCUCCUUCCCGUAGCAGCACGCCGUCUCAUAAACGAUAAAUGCGCCAAAAUUGCAACAAGAUUUGACUACCAACUCAACGUGUCAUUUGUUGGUUUUGGUGGGUCAUCGAAGGAUUUUUCGACGCUGAAAUCGAUGGCCGACGCAGCGAACGAGGCGGUAGGAACCAAGGUGGCAGAAUUCGUCUACUGCAACAAGAUCGCGAAUGCCAUAGGAGAUGCGAUAAGCUCCCUCGCGGAGAGCACGACACUGACACGCACCUGUCUAUUGAAUGGAGAGAGACGGACUAAGAAGAACACACGAACUGAUAUCAAGCCCGAGGAGUCGAACGAAUGGGUCCGAUUUAGAAUCUUGGAACACUAUGUUUAUGAUCCUUCGAAAAAUCAGUUUGUUGCGUUUGGGGGACUUCCUCUGGGGGCCCUACGAGCGGAAAACAUCGAAGAGGCCAAACUCAUGCACAUUCAACAGCGGUUCCCACCUUAUAUUUCAAUCAACAAAGGGUAUCUUGGAACCGGAGCAGAAAGAGUUGCAUAUCGCUGCCAUCUUUCGGACGAGGAAAAACGAAAGAAGCUUGCUCCUAUGAUCGCUAAAGAAACCCUUCGAGUGGAUCGAAUCGAGGAGCAUAUUGAAUUUCAUAAAACCUUUUGUGAGACCCAAAGCCUGGCUGCGCACCUGGCUGUUGAAUUCAAUAAGAGACUCCAGGGACUUCCGAAUUACUCAUCAGAGAACACUCCGAAUGUUUCCUUUUUGAAGUGUUCGGUUUUGGUACUUGAGGACCCUGAAUGGCAAAAUGGCAAACGUGGAGUCCUUGUUGAAAAACAAUUAGAUACAAACAAGUUUGAAUGGAGGAAGUGGAACAACAAUGUCGGUGCCGUUGAUGGAAAGAUUUUCCAUCGUCCAAUGGAUGUUGAUCGCGAACUUGCCAAACUGGAAAACCCUGACACCGGAAAAUCGUUGGGGGAUAUGAUGAUAAUUGAAGAAGGAUCGGAAGAAGAAGAUAGCGAUGAUGACGAUGAUGACUAUGACGAAGGUUGCGGAUAUUGUGCUGAGAACAAUGACACGAAUGCAGAGUUAAAGCCUUCGGAUUAUCUUCAGGCUUUCAGUCAUUUCACCUAUCUUUUCACGAAUAGGAAGGUCCUUGUUUGUGAUUUGCAAGGUGUUUACAAUACCGAAAUGAAGCCUCCCACUUUUGAGUUGAGUGAUCCGGCAAUCCAUUAUCGUUCUAAUAAAGGAAGAGCGAUAUUUGGACGAACAGACAAAGGCCAAAAAGGGAUCCAACUCUUUUUUAAUUCUCACAAAUGUACUGGGAUUUGCAAGAUUAUGCAAUUGAGUCAAAAGAAUAAAAGUUGGAAGCAACAUUGGCGCCGUGAUUUUCAAAAGGACAUGGAAAAUAAUUUCACAUUCACCGAUUAACACUAGAAGCAGGCAAGCCAAAUUAUUCUCCAUUGGCAUUAUGUUGGUGUUGCCUAUUACUAGUACUAGUACUAGUACUAGUAUGGUUGAGCAUCAUGUAAAAAUUAUAUUAAUAAUCAUUUACUACUUGU